AUGUCUAAUUCAUAUAAUAAUUCAACAUCGGCAUCACCAUCAGAUCAACAACCAUCAUCAUCAUCUGUACCAGCACCAGCACCAGCACCAACACUGAAAUAUAAACGGAAUUACCGAGCAUGUUUAAAUUGUCGAUUACGUAAAGUCAAAUGUGAUUUAGGACCAGUUGAUAACCCCCAUGAUGGAAAAUGUGCUAGAUGUUUAAGAGAACGUAAAGAUUGUGUUUUUGUUGAAAGUAAACGUGGAGGAUCAGCUAAUGUUAUUAAUGGGAAACGUAAAAAACAAAAAUUACAAAUGAUGGUGAUGACUACUAAUGAUGAUAAUUUAAAUAAUGGAAAUGAAUUAGGAGGAGAAGGAAUUAAUAAAUUACCUGGAGUUAAAAGUAUUUUACAAACUGAUGAUGUCGAAAACAAUAGGAUAGAUGGUGGUAAUGAAUUUCAUGGAAGAAAUAAUCAAGGGAAUAGAAAUGAAACUCAAUUGCCUCCAAUAUCAAAUCAAAGACAUGGAUUAAAUAAUAAUAAUAAUAAUAAUAAUAAUAAUACUCCAGUGAAACAAGACAAAAGAAGAAAUAAUGAAUUUUCAACUAUGGAAAGUGCAUUGGUAUUUUUGGCUAAUGCAGCUGGAGAAAUAGCUAAAGCUGAUGAAAGAGAUAAUAUUGAUGCACAAUCAAAAUAUGAACAAAUUGAAGCUGCUGUUUCUAAAAGUCAUAGAAAUAGUUUAGAUGCUAAUAAUACUAAUGGCAUAAAUCAAAAUAAUGAUGAUAAUGCAACAACAAGUAAUAUUAAAGCAAGUCAAAGUAAUACACCAGUUUCAAGGCCAAAUAGUGCUAACCUAGAUCAACCUCAACAACAAUCUCCAAUAAUAAUAAAUCAAUCAUUUUCACAAACUAUUCAAACAGAAUCAAUUGAAGAAACUCAACCAACAACAAUUCCACCAUAUAUUAAACCAUCAAUUAGAAAAAGAAUGAUUGUGCCGCCGGCAGAAAGUGGACAAGCAGUUAGACCUAAAGGAUCGAAUAAAUUAUCAAAUAUUGAUUAUAUUGGACCACCACCAAGAGGAAUUUUAACAGAAGAAGAAGCAGAAAGAUUAAUUAAUUUAUUUUUUUCAACUAUGCAUCCUUAUUUCCCACAUAUUCCUAAAUUUCUUCAUUCACCAAAAGUUUUAGCAAAUUAUCCAAUUUUAUUAUGUUCUAUUUUAACUAUAUCUUCAAGAUAUCAUCCAUUUGAAAAUGAUAAACCAACAAAUAAAUCAUCUACAACUGGUAGUUCUACUGGUGCUGUUCCUCGACAUUUUGAAGUUCAUGAUCGAUUAUGGUUAUAUGUACAAAGAUUAAUUUCUCAAACUGUUUGGGCUGAAGCAAGCACUAGAAGUAUUGGUACAGUAUUUGCAUUUUUAUUAUUUACUGAAUGGAAUCCAAGGGCUAUUCACUGGAGAUGGUCUGAUUAUGCAAAUAAGGCAGACGAAUCAAAUGACAAUGAAUCUGGUUCAAGUGUACCACCACCAUCUGCCUCUUCUUCUUCCUCCUCUUCCUCUGGUAGUACCACUAGUAAUAACAGGAAUAGUUCAGCAGCUGCUGUUGCUGCUGCAAGUACGGCAUCUACUGCUCAAACAACCAUGAAUGCAUUUGGAGUUGAAGGAGGACAAGAAGGAAGUAAUAAAUUUGCCGGAUUAGGAGCUAUGAGAAGAAGUCAUCGUAUGGCAUGGAUGUUGAUUGGAUCAGCAGUUAGAUUAGCUCAAGAUAUGGGAUUUAUGGAAAUUAGUGCUAAAACAUUUUUAGCUACCCAUAUUGCUGAAAUCAAUUCCGUGAUGAAUAUUAGUAGAAGAUCAAUGUUGGCUAAUUCAUUAAGUGAAGUUGAUUUAGAUGAAGAUGAUAUUACUGUUGAAGAUAUGGAACAACUUGAAGCUAAAGAUGAUGAUGAUUAUAAAAUUUUACAAAUGAAUGAAGAACAAAUUAAACGAUUAUCUCAAGAAUAUGUAUUAAAAUUUACCAAAUCACAAAAGGCAACAAUUGAAUUAUUACAAAUUAUGUCAUUAGGUCAUGAAUCAUUAUAUGGUUAUAAAGCUCAAUUGGGUCAACUUACUCAUCGACAAACAUUAUCAGUAUUGAAUAUUUUAAGUCCAUUACUUAAUAAUUGGGGUAAGAAAUAUAAAGAAUUUUUAAUACCAUCCAAUCAUAAUAAUGGAAGGUUAGCUAAAUUAACACCAACAUUACCCCAAUAUUGGUUGAGACCAGAUUGUAAAGUUGUUCAAGAAAUUCAAGAAACCAUUGAAAGGGAAACAUUUAUUAUUGAAUAUAAUUAUGUUAAACUUUAUAUUUAUUCAUUAGCAUUAAACACAGCUAGUAAUUCCAAUUUAAAUUCCAAUUCAAAAGAAUCCAAAAAGAUUAAACUUGAUGAAUUAUCAAAAUCUGCUAAAUAUAUUGAACAAGCAUUUGCAGCAGCUAAUGAAACAUUAAAUGCAGCACAUAGAAUUCAUCGAUUUAAAAUGUUAAGAUUUAUGCCAGUUAGAUUAUUAACUAGAUUUAUUAGAGCAGCAGCAUUUAUUGUUCAAUGUCAUUUAACAAUGACAGCUCAAGAGAAUAUUUCAUUAAGUGUUUCAAGAAUAACAAUUGAUGAAAUUAUUAAAAGUACUCAUAGAGCAGCUAUGACAUUAAGAGAAUGUUCACCUGAUGAAUUACAUUUAUUAUCAAGAUAUUCAACAAUUUUAAUGGUUUUAUAUUCUGAAAUGAAGGCUAAAAAGAAUAAAAAAGAUGGUAAUCCAGAUGAAUUUGAUUUAAAUAAUUAUUCAACCCAAUCUAAUACUACUACUACUACUUCUAAUACUAUAAAUAAUAAUCAAUCGAAUAAUGCUAUUCCUUCAAAAGAAUAUAGACAAUCACUUGCUCAACAAGAUCAAUAUCAUCAAUCACUAGUACAACAACAAGUUCAACAAACUGUUCAACAACAACUGCAACAAUAUAAUCAAUCAAUUAAUAUUAAUCAAGUUGUCAAUUCAAAUGAUAAUAUAAAUGGUUCAAUUGGUAACAAUAAUCAACCAUUACUGUAUCAAUCUUCAAAUCAACAACUGCCUCAAGAUGGAUUUUCUAAUGAUCAACAACAACAACAACAACAACUUUUACCUGAUGAUUUUAUAUUGGAUUUUAAUUUUGAUGAUUUUGUAGGUGAUGGUUUCCAAAAUAUUGUUGAUUUAUGGAGUUAUUUUCAAUAA